CGUGCUUUUAUGUUGAAAGGGUGAAUGACCGUUAACAGCCGUUAAUCAGUUUAUGUCCCGAUAAAAACCUCAGCUGGUGUAAAAAUGAACAACCAAUAUUCACUUAAUAAUAUUGACAGCCUCCUCUUUCAGUAUGCUCUAAAAAAUCGGGAGCUUUCCCAAAAGAAGAAUGAAAUCAACCAACAAAUUAAAGUGUGUAGAGCUGAUAUUGCUGAGCGGAGGUCUUACAUUGAGACAAUGCACAGAGAUAAAAAGAAACUUGAGGAAGAAAUCAGGGUUAAACAGAGCACUGUUAUGCAUAAUAAAGCAAAUGCAAAAAGCAUGAAGACGACUAACAGCCAGCUGCUUCAGUAUGAGCAGACACUGAAAGCAGAACUGGAGAGCAUAAAAACCAGCUACAACCGUGACAUGGAAGCCUACGAAGAGAGAAUUACAAGCUACAAGAAGACAUUCCAGACGCAUAAAGACUUUUAUUGCCAAAAUCCUGUUGCUCAAAUGCUCCUCACGCUGCAGGCUGAAAAAGAGGAGAUUGAGUGUAGAAUCAAGGCUUGUGAUGAUCAAAUAACAAUAAAACAGAAGGAGCUGGACCAUCUCACUGGCUCAGCAGUCGAUUCAUCUUCCACCGAGGAACUACCAGACAGCGUGCCUGGCCAACAAGCCUCAGCAGGACCAGAGAAACAAUUAGAUCCUCAGACAGAGGAGGAAUGUAAUUCUUCCAUUGACAUCUCUUCUCUUCAACUCAACCAUACAGAGGAUGAUCACAAAACUUCUGAAGAGGUGAACGCUGAGGAAAUUCCUGAGGAAAACGAAGUCUGUAGUAUAUUGGAUACUACGGAUUGCAGCAAUUCCCAAGAGGAAGAAAGCAAUGAGCUUUGGUCAAGUCGUCCAUUGGAUGGUAAGGGAGGGAAGUCUGUGUGUGUUUCAGUUGAUACCAACAUUUUACACACCAGAUGCCAUGUUUGGAUAUUUAUGUUAACCCUCUGGAGUCUCCAAAAGCACCAAAUCCAGACUUCUUCACCACAUCCAGACUAGAAAACAAAGCAGCGU